AUUAUCGAAUUCCGAAAAGUUUGAAACUAAAAGAUCCAGGAAUUACCAAUUAAGAUACGGGUUUUUUAAAUGGGAAAUUAUGCAAUUGUGCGAUUACAAACACCUCAUUAGUAAUAUAAACCAAUACAUAAAAAUAAUUUAGUGUUGGUGCAUAAACGGGGAGUAACCGUAUUCAAUAUUCAGUUGCGGUUUUGAUAAUAAGAAAAGUGAACUUCAUAACCUUCAUAACAUCAAUAACAUCAUACUUGAUUGGGUUUUGCCAGUGUCAACAAUGAUUUAUAGCAGAUAUCUGUGGAUUGUGUGUGUAGUGUUAUCACUAUUUUAUCAGACAAAUUGUGAAUGCCCUAAAAUAUAUACUCGCAAUGAAUGGAGCGCUCGAAAAGCAUUAAGUACCAGACCGUUAAGAGAAGAUCCUCCACCAUAUGUGGUUGUCCAUCAUUCGGCCACUCGCUCAUGUUUUUCAGUUGAAGAUUGUUCAAAACUUGUAAAAAGCAUCCAAGAUUACCAUAUAGAUCACAAUGGAUGGGAUGAUAUUGGUUACAACUUUUUGAUUGGUGGUGAUGGAACUAUAUACGAAGGUAGAGGAUAUGGUUUACAUGGUGCGCAUUCUAUUCCAUACAACGCAAGAAGCUUAGGGGUUUGCCUUUUAGGAAGUUUUAAAGAUACGAAUCCUCCUAAUGUACAACUGAAAGCAUUGGAAGACUUUUUGUCUUGUGCAGCAGCUGAUCACAAAAUUAUUGCAGAUUAUCACCUUAUCGGACAUCGGCAAGCUGAUAAAACAGAAUGUCCCGGGGAUCGAGUGCAUGCAGUUAUCGAAAAAUGGCCUCAUUUUGAAGCCAAUCCACAAGAUGCUUCCCCAAAGAAACUGUAAACAUAGCGAAGUUACCUUUUCUCUUAUGGAAUAAACACCUCUCUAUCGCAAUGUUUUUAGAUUACAAUUAUUAAUACAUGUAAAUAUUUAAAAGACUGUAUAUCUACUCAUACUUUAAAGAUGUGCGAAAAUAUAUCACUAUCUUUAGC